CCCGCUGGUGAGCCGGACCUACCGGGGGCCGUCCGCCCGACUGCACCAGACUCCGGCAGCGGGACCCCCGAUGGCAGUGGGCACCUCCCCGUGAAACCUGCCAAGCUGGACGCCACAGCUCCGCACGAAGACACUUUGGCCGACUCUGUGCCCUCUCCGGAGGCGUGCAACCAUGCAGUCCUAGCCUGCGGCCCGGGCAUCCCUGAGGAGCACUAUGUAAGCGAGGCUGUGGAAGAUGCUCCCAGCUACAGAGGGUACCGGGAUGCCUGCACCAUCACAGACGUGUGCAACAGCACCGACCUUCCGGAAGUGGAGAUCAUCAGCCUGCUGGAGGAGCAGCUGCCCCAUUACAAGCUGAGAGCUGACACCAUCUACGGCUAUGACCAUGACGACUGGCUCCACACGCCCCUCAUUUCUCCAGAUGCCAACAUCGACCUCACGACCGAGCAAAUUGAAGAGACGCUGAAGUACUUCCUUUUAUGUGCUGAAAGAGUUGGCCAGAUGACUAAGACAUAUAAUGACAUUGAUGCUGUCACUCGGCUUCUUGAGGAGAAAGAGCGGGAUCUGGAAUUGGCUGCUCGGAUUGGCCAGUCGUUGUUGAAGAAGAACAAGACCCUCACCGAGAGGAAUGAGCUGCUGGAGGAGCAGGUGGAGCACAUCAGGGAGGAGGUGUCUCAGCUCCGGCAUGAGCUGUCCAUGAAGGACGAGCUGCUCCAAUUCUACACCAGCGCCGCGGAGGAGAGCGAGCCCGAGUCCACGUGCUCAACCCCGUUGAAGAGGAACGAGUCAUCCUCCUCGGUCCAGAAUUACUUCCAUCUGGAUUCUCUUCAGAAGAAGCUGAAGGACCUCGAAGAGGAGAACGUUGUACUUCGGUCCGAGGCCUGCCAGCUGAAGACGGAGACCAUCACCUAUGAGGAGAAGGAGCAGCAGCUGGUCAAUGACUGCGUGAAGGAGCUGAGGGACGCCAACGUGCAGAUUGCCAGUAUCUCCGAGGAGCUGGCCAAGAAGACCGAAGACGCUGCCCGCCAGCAGGAGGAGAUCACGCACCUGCUGUCCCAGAUCGUUGACCUGCAGAAGAAGGCCAAAGCUUGCGCAGUGGAGAAUGAAGAACUCGUCCAGCACCUGGGGGCCGCCAAGGAUGCCCAGCGGCAGCUCACUGCCGAGCUGCGAGAACUGGAGGACAAGUACUCCGAGUGCAUGGAGAUGCUUCACGAGGCGCAGGAGGAGCUCAAGAACCUCCGGAACAAGACGGUGCCCAACACCACGUCCCGGCGCUACCACUCGCUGGGCCUGUUCCCCAUGGACUCCUUGGCAGCCGAGAUCGAGGGGACGAUGCGGAAGGAGCUCCAGCUGGAAGAGCCCGAGUCACCCGACAUCGCUCACCAGAAGCGAGUCUUUGAGACGGUGAGAAACAUCAACCAGGUCGUCAAGCAGAGGUCUCUGACUCCCUCCCCCAUGAACAUCCCGGGCUCCAACCAGUCCUCAGCCAUGAACUCCCUCCUGUCCAGCUGUGUCAGCACCCCCCGAUCCAGCUUCUACGGCAGCGACGUCGGCAAUGUCGUCCUGGACAACAAGACCAACAGCAUCAUCCUGGAAGCAGAGUCGGCCCCCCUGGGAAACGACGAGCAGAGUAAGAAGCCAGGAACACCGGGCACCCCAGGCUCCCACGACCUGGAGACGGCGCUCAGGCGGCUGUCCCUCCGCCGGGAAAACUACCUGUCGGAGCGGAGGUUCUUCGAGGAGGAGCAGGAGAGGAAGCUCCGGGAGCUGGCAGAGAAGGGCGAGCUGCUCAGCGGCUCCCUCACGCCCACCGAGAGCAUCAUGUCCCUGGGCACGCACUCCCGCUUCUCCGAGUUCACCGGCUUCUCGGGCAUGUCCUUCAGCAGCCGCUCCUACCUGCCCGAGAAGCUCCAGAUCGUGAAGCCGCUGGAAGGUUCGGCCACCCUUCACCACUGGCAGCAGUUGGCCCAGCCUCACCUCGGGGGCAUCCUGGACCCCCGGCCCGGUGUGGUCACCAAGGGCUUCCGGACGCUGGAUGUUGACCUGGACGAAGUGUACUGCCUUAAUGACUUCGAAGAAGACGACACAGGUGACCACAUUUCCCUCCCGGGCCUAGCUACCUCCACGCCAGUGCAGCACCCAGAGACCUCAGCACACCAUCCUGGGAAGUGCAUGUCACAGACCAACUCCACCUUCACCUUCACCACCUGCCGCAUCCUGCAUCCUUCAGACGAGCUCACACGGGUCACGCCAAGCCUUAACGCGGCCCCGACUCCAGCUUGUGGCAGCGGCAGCCACUUAACGUCCACGCCAGUGGCCACGCCAUGCACUCCCCGGAGACUGAGCCUGGCCGAGUCGUUCACUAACAUCCGCGAGUCCACGACCACUAUGAGCACGUCACUGGGGCUGGUGUGGCUGCUGAAGGAGCGGGGCAUCUCCGCGGCUGUGUAUGACCCCCAGAGCUGGGACAGGGCCGGCCGGGGCUCCCUCCUGCACUCCUACACCCCCAGGAUGGCUGUGAUCCCUUCCACCCCACCCAACUCGCCCAUGCAGACGCCCACCUCUUCCCCACCCUCCUUUGAGUUCAAGUGCACAAGCCCUCCCUACGACAACUUCCUGGCUUCCAAGCCGGCCAGCUCCAUCCUGCGGGAGGUGAGGGAGAAGAAGACCGUCCGGAGCAGUGAGAGUCAGACGGACGUGUCUGUCUCCAACCUCAACCUCGUGGACAAAGUCAGGAGGUUUGGCGUGGCCAAAGUGGUGAACUCAGGGCGAGCCCCCAUCCCCACCUUGACUGAGGAUCAGGGACCUCUCCUCUGUGGGCCCCCGGGCCCAGCACAGGCCCUCGUCCCCGGAGGCCUGGGACCCGAGGGCCUGCCUCUCAGAUGCCCCACUGUCACGAGUGCCAUCGGCGGGCUGCAGCUCAACAGCGGCAUCCGAAGGAACCGCAGCUUCCCUACCAUGGUGGGGUCCAGCAUGCAGAUGAAGGCCCCCGUGACUCUCACCUCGGGCAUCUUGAUGGGUGCUAAGCUCCCCAAACAAACUAGCUUACGGUGAGGGUGGCAGGGGGCCCUUCUGCAGAGGAGACCAAUCAUGUCCUUGCUCCCUCGCUCCCCUCCUGCACUGCGCCCUCCCUCUCCCCUCCUCGCCCACCCCUCCCGAGCUAGACAAAUCAACCUCGUGCCUAAUGGGGGAAGAGUGGAGACUUUGUAAAAUGUGUACAUAGGACUUGGACACCAGUAUCCACUUGCCCUUUCUCCAGUUCCCACGGCCAGUGCCCCUGCACUGUCAUUGCUCUCAUGAGGACUUCACCUGUGCUGGGGGCGGGGCAGGCAGGUGUCCUCUCUUCUCCUUCUGCCCUUUGAAGCACUGAAACCCCAGGGCGUCCUCACCCAAUGGAUAGGAAACCAGGGAACUCGUGGCUGGCUGCCCGUGUGCACGCUGUGGGCGGUCUCAGCACAGGGCACAACGGCCCACCCCCUGGUGUCGUGGGCAGCUUGCCUUGCCCUGCCCACCUGUAGGGUGAGGAGCCUCUGCCCGGGGCCGCGUGCACUGACGCUCUCCGGACUGGAGAGCUGUUCUUUCCUUCAUGGGUGGCCCAGCUCCUUCGAGACCUUCAUCACUCUGCCUCGGUGGACGGUCGCUUCUCUGAGGUGUGACUUUUUCUUUCCCCGCCUUCAGCCUGAAGUCAUCCUUCAAUGUCUUGCAACCAGCUGUCAGGCCAGACCUCUGACCCGAGAGAGAACGUGUUUACACUCCCGCUGAACUUCAACAGCCCUGGCUGUGUCCUGUUUCCUUUUCUACGUUUAGAGGCGGGGAGUAGAGGUGCCAGGAGGGACGUCCCAGGGCAUGUCCUCUCUGUGGCUCUCUGACCCCACUCGCAAGCAGCCAACACGCCGCUAAGGGGAUGGGGAUUGUUUCUAGGACCCAGGGACACAACCAGACUGAGUAAGACCAGACCCACGACAACUUCAACAGCAUUGAAAGGAAAGGGGACAGGGGAAAAGGUUGUGAAUGAAAUCUGUCAACAGUCAAGGGCAAAAGAACCACCACCAAAUGUAAUACCCAACUGGUUCAUGGGAGAAACCAGGCUCUGGCCUGUGGCUGGGUCCAGUCCUUAACACUGAAACCUCGUGUCUGGUCCACGCGCUUUCACUUCUGUGGUCUUUCGUGGCAGCCAUUCGACCCCCCACGUUUGCCCUCUCGCUUUAGAACAGAGCAGUCACCACAGAUGCUUCCUUCCCCUGAAAGGCCCUGUCCGCCGGUGUCACGUGUAUCCUUAGGAAGAUAGAGGUGCUUGUGAGACGACAUGAAUGAGCGAGGGGGCCCACUCCCGUUGCUGUCACCGACUGAGCGUUGAACUUUUAUUUAUUAUUUAUGUGCUGUAUUUCAAACAAGCAUCUUCUCUCCAGCUCCGGGCACCGCGUGUCUGUGGCAUUCCAGUCCAAGCAGGUCAUUUAUUUAUUCUAAUCUGCAGACUACAGUGUACCUCAUGGUGUUCCAUGCCCAUUUGUUCCCGACAUCUAUGUGAGAAUAACAUCACAUGCAAAUGAAAUGUCCAUUUUGCACCCCCUCCUCUUCCCCCCUUGGCAAAGGCCGUGUCAUUCAAUCGAAGGAGUAUAACCUUAUGUCCACUGAAGAUCCUGUAAGAAAGCCCCUAGGAGCAAGCCUCAGUCCCACGAUUUCAGACUAUUUAUUCUGUGAACACAAGGAUGUUGGUCAGUUACAUUUUCAACGCUCCUUGUGGCUGAACUGUGUGCACUCACGUCAAGGACGCACAUCUUAUCUGAAUGUAUUUUCAAGCAGUAGGUAGAGUAAAAGGAACAUGAAAACCAUGGACUGAAUGGACCACUUUACAUAUUCAGAGAGAGGAGCCACCCAUCAUCACAAAGGAAACACCAGUGUAAAAAUCAACAAUUCUGAGGUUUCAGUAUUUAGUAUAGUAAAUAAAUGAUCAACAUCAGGCAACCACUAUCAAAAGGUGUGUUGUAGUGCAUCAAAA